AUGGGAAAGCAGAACAGCAAGCUGACCCCCGAGGUGAUGGAGGAUCUGGUGAAGAACACAGAGUUUAAUGAACACGAGCUGAAGCAGUGGUACAAAGGCUUCCUGAAAGACUGCCCCACUGGCAGGCUGAAUCUGGACGAGUUCCAGCAGCUCUAUGUCAAGUUCUUCCCUUAUGGCGACGCAUCAAAGUUCGCACAACACGCCUUCAGAACCUUUGAUAAAAACGGAGACGGGACCAUCGAUUUCCGAGAGUUCAUCUGCGCCCUGUCCAUCACGUCCCGCGGCAGCUUUGAGCAGAAACUCAACUGGGCCUUCAACAUGUAUGACCUGGAUGGGGACGGCAAAAUCACCAGAGUGGAGAUGCUGGAGAUAAUCGAGGCGAUCUACAAAAUGGUGGGCACUGUGAUCAUGAUGAAGAUGAACGAGGACGGUUUGACACCACAGCAGAGGGUGGACAAGAUCUUCGGCAAAAUGGAUAAGAACAACGACGACCAGAUCUCGUUGGACGAGUUCAAAGAGGCCGCGAAGAGCGACCCGUCCAUCGUGCUCCUGCUGCAGUGUGACAUGCAGAAGUGA